AUGAUGGCUCAUGAGAAGUAUCAUCAAGGGGUUGGUCCAGGUGCCGGGGCCAGGAGUGGAGCGAACGCCCUCUGCGAUGAUGAGAUGGCGUUGUUUGAUGCUCGCGGCGAAGCCAAGGCGGGUGCGGGAGCGGGAACAUGCAACUUUAAGAGUGACAUGAAAGUGCGGGUCAAGACGUGUGAGGAAGCCAAUGCAUGCAAGUACCACGGCAAGUAUCUCGCGAGUGUGCCGAGCAACGGUGAGGCGAUGCUAGACGACGAAGAGGGGCUGGAUGCCGUGUUCGUCUUGCCUGCCCAGGCCUCGGAAGCGGGAACCCUGCGAUUCGUGUGCGAGAAGCCCAAUCAGCAAGGCAAUAUGCUCUGCAAGAGACGGCCGCGCCCACGGCGGUAA